AUGCAGCUGAUAGGGGGUAUCCUAUUCCCAGAUGCAUUUGACUCUCGGGUGCAUAUAAGGUGGCUCCCCUACUGGAGGACCUUGACAAUUGUGGCUGGUUAUCGUGGGGCUCGGCUGUGUUGGCAUGGCUGUACUGCCAGAUGUGCUGUGCCAUGGAUCAUGGUCAGCGCAAUUUGGGUGGGUGCGUCAGCUUGCUGCUGUCCUGGGCCUAUCACCAUAUUUCGCUGCUACGGCCCGAUGGCUUUGAUACUCAUUGGUUUCCACUGGUUGAGAGGUAUUUGGGUUCAGUACCGGCCGGACAAUGCCAGAGGUGAGAGCAAGCUUAGGCAUUACAGGAGUACCCUGAACGUGAUUGAGAUGCUGAAUGUUGAGUGGACGCCGUAUGCUGACCCACAACUGAUUGGUCUAAUUUCACCAGCGAUAGCUGAGGUGGUGGCCUUGGUAGCAGUUUUCUGUUCACUGCUUUGCUUCGCUAUCAUCGAGUGGCAUCAGGUGGACCGGGUGGUACGUCAGUUCGGUGGCCUGCAGCACAUUCUGACCAGGCUACUGAACAUUGACGAGAUGCACAGGCUGUAUGGUUGGUUCAGGCGAGGUGAGGUGGUUCCCGCAGCUGCUUGGUGGCUCGCAUGA